GCCUCCCCUCCCCUCCCGGGCACGCCGAGAGCCGGGCCCCCGCCGCGACUCGCCGCCCGCCGCGCUGACCCCGCGCAUCUCAACCGCGGGCAGGGCGUCACCGGGAGGCUGGGGCUCAGGGAGCCCAGCCCCGUCAGCCGCCAAGCAAGCAGCCCCGCUUAAAUACCUCCGCGCCCGCCACCCCAACCGCACAGCUCGCCGGGCGAGGGUCUGACAAGAACCGGCCUCCUCCCGCCACCGCCGGGGACCUGCGCGCCCGCGUACCGCCGCCGAGGAGCAGAGUUAGGGCUGCCCCAUGCCUGCGCACUUGCUACAGGAGGAGGAGUUCUCCUCCGCUUCCAGCACCAGUACUAUUGGCACCGUCACCUCCUGGGUGACCAAGAAUGGGGAUCCCGUCAUGAAGAAGGAUUUACUCAAUCAUGAGGACUUGGCAGGAGACCGGGGCAUGAUAGAUGAUAUCUUCGAUGAGACCUACCGGGAGAAAGAAGGCCCCAAGCCCCCCGUACGAUAUGUCUGGAGGAAUAUCAUCCUCAUGAGCCUGCUGCAUCUGGGGGCCAUAAUUGGGUUGACGCUGAUACCUUCUGCAAAGAUCCAGACAUUGGCAUGGGCCGUUCUGUGUUUCCUGGUGAGUGCUCUGGGAAUAACAGCUGGAUCUCACCGUCUCUGGAGCCAUCGGUCCUACAAAGCCACGCUGCCCUUGCGGAUCUUCUUGACUAUUGCAAACUCCGUGGCCUUCCAGAAUGACAUCUACGAGUGGGUCCGGGACCACCGCGUCCAUCACAAGUUCUCUGAGACAGAUGCGGACCCACACAAUGCCAUGCGGGGCUUCUUCUUCUCUCACAUCGGCUGGCUGCUGGUGCGCAAGCACCCAGACGUCAUAGAGAAGGGUCAGAAGCUGGACCUGAGCGACAUAAAGGCUGACAAAGUAGUGAUGUUCCAGCGGAGAUACUACAAACCCUCGGUGGUGUUGCUAUGCUUCACGCUGCCUACUGUAGUGCCUUGGUACUUCUGGGAUGAAUCCAUAAUCAUCAGCUUCUUCAUUCCAACCAUCCUGCGGUACACCAUAGGGCUCAAUGCCACUUGGUUGGUGAACAGUGCUGCUCACAUGUUUGGCAACCGGCCAUAUGAUCAGCACAUCAACCCACGGGAGAACCCCCUGGUCAGCCUGGGAGCCUUAGGAGAAGGCUUCCACAACUACCACCACACCUUCCCCUAUGACUAUUCCACCAGUGAGUUUGGAUGGCGCUUCAAUGCAACCACAGCCUUUAUCGACCUCAUGUGCCUUCUGGGGCUGGCCAGCGAUCGAAAGAGAGUCUCCAAGGAGGUCAUCCUGGCUCGGAAAAUGCGGACUGGAGAUGGGAGUCACAAGAGUGGCUGAGUUCUUGCUCCCUUUCACACACACACCCACACCCCUCCUUCCUCUUUUUCUCCCUUUCUCCCUUCCUGACCCCUCCAAACACGCUGGACAAAGAUUUAAUGUUCUGUUUACUAACUACUGAAUAAUGCUACCAAUUUGCUUAAGAUAAUGAGUUUUAACCCCCCUCCCACGCUGUAUUUUACAUGAUGUAUUUAAGAUCUAGCAUUCUGCCUUUAUAACACAAGGCCACCCCUCUCCCUCCUCUCCUUUUCCUUUCCAUUCUUCUCUCCAGCCUCUCUACCCUGUCUCCUGCUUUAUGUACCCCAGUGUCUCCCUGGAAGAGGAGCUGGUAGGAAGCAGCCUGGGGAGGCUCACUGCAGCUGGCUAUGUACUACAGAGUUAAGGGAAGCCUGUACCAGCCAGCUGAAGAGUUGAGCCAAAGUCAGUGACCCUCUCUUCCCACCACCUUCCCCCCCAAAAUUCCUUCCUCUGUCCCUCCUCCUUUCUCAAGGGCUGCUGACAAACAUGACAUGGCUGAACUGCUCUCCCCAGGAAAAGCAGCCCCAUCCCCUUCCCUUGCCAUCAGAAAGUUCUCUCUUUCCAAGAUGUCUCUUGGGAAGCGUUCUCCCCACUGCACAGCCUCUCUGGCUGGGGAGAGUAAAGCCUCCAGACUCUCUCAGAGCUUUAUCCAGGUCCACCAGUGGCCAGGGAGGGUUUGGUGGCAGCAGCAGGCACUAGAGUGGGAGCUUUGGUGGCCUUUACCUCCUCCCUCUGGCAUCACAGACUUUCCUCCCUGCACUGCCUGCUGUGCCCUGUGCCACCAGAGACUCAAGGCAGAGCCUGGCUCCAGGCUCCAUGGCCCCUUUGGAGACCCAUGGCGAAGAGCGGGACAGAUGGAGAGGUGUGCCACUGGUGGCCAUGGUGCAGCACCUGCCUGGGGUGGUUUUGUUUGCCACCACCGCUGAGAAUUUUGCCAGCGAACAGGACUUUGCCAAAACAGAGAGGGGGAGAAGGAUGUAAACCAAAGCUCCACCUCUGAGUUAAGCUAGUUAAGCUGCUUUACGUGCUGGAGGAACAGGGUCCCCACUGGGUGGCAGGGAGAUGUCCUGGUGUCCAUGCCUACCCUGUGGAUCCACUUCCUGCACUGAGCAGAGGGAUGGGGCAAGGGAGUGCCUGCAGGCAUAGGAAGGGGUGAGGGUGUCUGCAGGAGCAGGUCUCUCCAUCCUCAGAGGCUCUGCUCGGUUGAUUACCAAGUGCCUGUGAAACACCAACGCAGGACCAGGCAGCACAGGGAGCUUGAGGGAGUCUAGACCUCUGAGGCAAGUCACUGCCACCAGUGUCUGGGCUUUCCUGCCCAGGGUCCACUGGGGUGGCUUGCCAUUCCCUGCUCCUCUGAGGGAGUGGCGAGGCGAAAGCAACUUGUUAGUCCCUUAACUUGCCUCCCAGCCCCCUCGGCAAGCCAUCUCGUCACCUCACUGCUUUGCUGGCAGCAAGGGUGGCUGAGCCUGUGGAAAGGUCAGUUAUAUCACCAAGCUGAUGUGGCACGUAGCUGGGGGGUGUUCUGGGGAAAAAAGUCCUUGUGGGUGUUGUUUCCUGCAAGCUGCAGAGACUGCAGCUUGAGUUCAGGUGGUGGGUUAGGUUCUGGGCGUCACGGCCUUGAGCCCCUCACUGGGCUGACCAUGCUUUUUUUCCCCCUUAACACUCCCCAUCAUUAAUAAUUUUUAUUAUUACUAUUACUUGUAGAAAUAGUAUUUUUUUGUUGUUGCUUAAAUUCAUCACAUGGAGCUGGAGGAAAGCACAAAAGGUGGCCGGAACAAGGUGAUGUUGGGGUGGGAUUUGCAGUGUCCUCCUUACUCAGGCAGGCCAGGGAGGGCAGAGACAAGGUGGAUGCCAACUUCCUCGCCUCAGCUCUGUCAUGUAGCAGCCAGGCAAGCUUCAUGGGAACAAGACUCUGCAGCUUUGCUUUCUCCUGCUGCUGUGAAACUCGCCAGGAGCCAGGACAGCUCUGUGAUAUUCUCCUUAACAAGGACAUGCUUGUUACUCAGAAAAGAAGUCCUUCUCCUCUCAUUUUCCCUCCCUGCCACCACCAUGGCCUUGCUAUUGCUCAGCAAUGGGACCCUUUGAGGUUUUGAGACACCAGGAGCAAUGUGGUCUCCAGCCGAGAGGUACAACAAGGAGGAAGGAAGCAGGGAGCUCUUCAGCUCCUGGUGUCAGGAGACGGCAUCCCUACUGCUCUGAGGCUCAUGACUGCCUGGGGGCUGGCUGGGGCAAAGAAGGUUGUGACUAGAAUUGUAUCCUACCAUUUAAAAAAAAAAAAAAAAAAAAGAAAAAAAAGAAAAAGCCCUCCCCCAAAA